AUGGGUUCAUCAGUUCCAGCUCUGUCGGCCUUGAAUGGCCCGACCUAUGUUACAGCCCAGACGCUUAUCCAGCAAGUUGCAUACUUGCUGAGUGAUAAGAUCUUCUCCUACUCGCCGGAGACUUUCGAUCUUGAUGCUGCUCUCAAGGAGUGGACUUCCAAAGGCGAGACUAAUGCCAAUGGCGAGUCUCCCUCAGUCAAGGCUUUGGAAACCCGCCAGGGUGCUGGAAGCAUGGCCCUUGGCUACCUCUUCUCUCAGGACUUUGAUCUGAAGAAGCGCCACAUUCCCCAGGGUAUUGUUGCUUCUUCAGCAACUCUCCCUUAUAUGCGUGCCGCGUUGGAGCAGCUCUCUCUGCUGUACUCCGUCGCUAGCCCAGUCGCUGCACACGUAGCCGCCGUAGACUACGCCGGUGAGGAUGGCCUAGUUUCUGACUAUGCGUCCGCCCUCUCUCUGGCCGAGGACCUCGGUCUGGGUUUGGUCUCCAGCGGCUCUGCCCACGAGUCCCAGCAUAUGGCUCUCUUCACAACCUUGCUCUCCUCCGUCCUCCCCUCGAUUCACAUCUAUGAUGGCGUUCGUGUUGGCCGCGAUACUACCCGCGUCAUUGAUGUUCUCGACAAGGAUGGCCUGACUCGCGCCUAUGAGACUGUCCGCAAGACUCUUGAUGAGUCCCGCAACCGUCAUCUCGACGCCCAAGGCAAGGUUUUGGAUCUGCUGAAGAGCCUGAAUGGCGAACUCGGCACUGACUAUGGUGCUUUCGAGUACCACGGUCACUCCGAGCCCACCUCUGUCCUGAUCGCUUUCGGCACUGUCGAGGCUACCCUCACUGCCCAAAUCGCACGCUCCCUCGCGAAGGAUGGUGUCCGUGUCGGCGUUGUGAAUGUUCGCGUCUACCGUCCCUUCAUCGAGGAGGAGUUCUUGCGCGUUCUCCCCCAGUCCACUCAGAUCGUCGCAGUUCUUGGCCAGGUCGCCUCUGAGCAGGCCGUUCAGGAAGAUGGCAUCCACUCCGCUCUCUAUGAGGAUGUGCUUGCUUCUCUGACUUUUGCCACUGGCCGUGAACACAACCCGGCUUGUGUAGAGAUCAAGUACCCCCGCUCCCAGCGUUGGGAUCUCAUCUCCAUCGCUGCUGCAUUCCAGCGCGUGUAUGACCAGCCUAUCCUCAUCGCCGACGGUGAAACCAAUGCUUCGCUGCAGCUGCUAGACCCUGCAUCUGUGCAGGAAUACACUUUCUGGGAUGUUGAUACCUCCGUCACCGAGGGGGCUGCUCAGACUUUGAGCCAGGCUCUUGGCGCCGACUCGGCCAGCAAUGUCACGCUCAGCCAGACCCACGACAACCUCGUCCAGGGUGGUGCUAUCCGAGUUGACAUUCGCAAGAGCGCUAAGAUUGUUGACGCACCUUACGCGGUCACUGCUGCUGAGGUCUCUUACGUUGGCAACCUUUCACUGCUGAACGAUGUUGAUGUUCUGGCUUCUGUUAGGGACAACGCUAAGGUCAUUGUCAAUGCCCCGGGCAUUAAUGAUGAAGAUCUGGAGAAAAAGCUUCCUGCUUCCUUCAAGCAGUCUGUCGCCCAGCGUGGCAUCUCCCUCUAUGUUCUUGAUUCAUCUGCUGUUGAUGACUCGUCUCUCAACGCCCUUGUCCUCCAGGCUUCGUUCGUGCGCGUCGCCCUACCUGCCCAGGAGACCCUGGCAACCAAGAAGCUGGCCUCGAUUACCGGAAAUGCCGAGGCUUUGGACAACGUUACCAAGGAUCUCGAGAAGCUGCUCCGCCAGAUCGAGGUUCCCGAGUCCUGGAAGGAGCCUGAGGGUAUCACUGAGGCCGUUGAGCUCCCCAAGGACAUCGUCGCCAACAGCUUUGUUUCGUUUGACAAGGACGAAUCCGAGCCCCCCACUCUUCUCAAGGACUGGGAGACCGCUGCUCGUGGCCUUGCAUUCAAGGAGGCUUAUGGCACCAAGACUGCUCUUCGCCCUGACCUUGCACACAAGACUUUCACUGUCCACGUCAAGGAGAACCGUCGUCUCACACCCACCACCUAUGAUCGUAACAUCUUCCACAUCGAGUUCGAUCUCGGUGAGACUGGUUUGAAGUACGACAUUGGUGAGGCCCUUGGUAUCCAUGCUGAGAACGAUCCCGAAGACAUCAAGAAGUUCAUCGAGUUCUACGGCUUGGACCGCGACGCGAUUGUCGAGGUUCCCAGCCGCGAGGACCCUGCCGUUUUGGAGAACCGCACUGUCUACCAGGCUCUGAUGCAGAACGUUGACAUCUUCGGUCGCCCACCCAAGCGCUUCUACGAGGCCCUUGCCGAGUUUGCCUCUGACGAGAAGGAGAAGGCCAACUUGCUCAUUCUGGGUGGACCCGACGGUGCCACUGAGUUCAAGCGCCGUGCCGAGGUUGACACCGUCACCUUUGCCGACAUCCUGCUCGAGUACCCCUCUGCUCACCCAGAGUUCCACGAGAUCGUUCGCAUCGUCGGUCCUCUCAAGCGCCGCGAGUACUCGAUCGCCUCGUGCCAGAAGGUGACUCCGACCUCGGUCGCUUUGAUGAUUGUUGCCGUGAACUGGGUCGACCCCAACGGCCGCGACCGUUUCGGUCUGGCUACCCGCUACCUGAGCCGCCUGCAAGCCGGUUCCCCGAUCACCCCUAUCAUCAUGGCCGGUCUUGGUACUGGUCUUGCACCGUUCCGUGCCUUCGUCCAGCACCGCGCCCUCGAAAAGGCUCAGGGCAAGGAGAUUGGUGCUGUCUUGCUGUACAUGGGAUCUCGUCACCAGCGUGAGGAGUACUGCUACGGCGAGGAAUGGGAGGCAUACCAGGAGGCUGGUGUCAUCACUCUCCUCGGCGCUGCUUUCUCUCGCGAUCAGCCCGAGAAGAUCUAUAUUCAGGACCGUAUGCGUCAAACCCUACCCGAGAUCAUUCAGGCCUAUAUUCGUGAGGAGGGUGCUUUCUACCUGUGUGGUCCCACUUGGCCCGUGCCCGAUGUCACCGCUGUUCUGGAGGAGGCUAUCGCCACCGAAGCCAAGAACACUGGCAAGAAGGUUGAGACUCGCAAGGAGAUUGAGAAGCUCAAGGACGAGGAGCGCUAUGUUUUGGAGGUCUACUAG